GGGAACAGUCCUACGCAAUUUAAAAUAUUUAUUAAUGUUUCAUUAUAUUCGAAGAUUCACUCAUGCAUAGUUUGAUUGGUAAAAAUUUAAAACGGUUUCAUACAAAGAGGCUGUUAAUAAAUGAUCAAGGAGAAUCAAGACUGUCUUGUUUGCCUGCAAUAACAAAUAUUGCACAAAUUAGUAUGUUAGCGGAAGAGAGAGAUUUAGAAGUGGAAACAGUACAGCCGGAAUUUCAUAUAUUAUCUUGGUUGUACAAAUGUGCACCUUGUUUUCCUGUCAAUGGAUCAAAGAUUAAAAUAAUUCAUGAACCAAGCAUAUUUUAUUCCACUCUUGUUGAGAAAUGUAAAAAUGCGAAGAAGAGAAUAACAUUUGCAUCAUUAUAUUUAGGCACAGGAAAAUUAGAAUCUAAUUUAGUGGAAGCUAUCGAUCAGGCUUUAGACAUAAAUAAUGGUAACAUUGAAGUAAAAAUUUUGUUAGAUUUUAUGAGGGGAUCUAGAGGUACAUUAAACUCGCGGAAAAUGUUGGAGCCAUUACUUAAUGGAAAAUAUGGUCAUUCUUGUCAAAUUUUUCUUUAUCACACUCCUAAACUUCGUGGAUUUCUAAAAAUGGUUAUACCAGAUCGUUUCAAUGAAUUAGUAGGAUUACAGCACAUGAAACUGUAUAUGAUAGAUAAUGAUAUAAUAAUUAGCGGUGCUAAUCUUAGUAAUGAUUACUUUACAAACCGGCAAGACCGUUAUUUUCUAAUCGAAGAUUGUAAAGAUCUCUGUGAUUUCUAUAAUGAACUAGUCGAAAGAGUAGGAAACUUCAGUUUUGUACUUCAACCAGAUGGAACUACAGUAUUAAACUCUGCCAUAAAAAUCCAUCCUCUCAAAACACCUGCAAAGUUCAUUCAACAUGCGGCGAAUAGCAUGAAAACUCUGUUCCAAAGGGAAAUAGAAGAUCGUUCUGAUUUUGAAAAUCUAGGAAAAGAUUUCGACACAGAUACUUGGAUCUUUCCUUUGAUACAAAUGGGUCAAUUAAAUAUUUAUCACGACAGUCAGAUAACACUGAAAAUGCUGGAGACUACGCCUCCAGGGGCAACAUUAAAAUUGGCAACUGGUUACUUUAAUUUAACUUCCGAAUACACUAACGCGUUACUUAAACACUGUCAGGGAACAUGUCACCUCUUGACUGCGCAUCCAACUACCAAUGGUUUCUUUACGGCAAAAGGCGUGGCAGGAGGUAUUCCAGCAGCAUACACAAAAAUUGAAAAGUCAUUUAUGGACUACUGUAACAAACUAGGACAACAAAAUAGAGUAACUUUAUGGGAGUUUGUUAAGCCAGGCUGGACAUAUCAUGCAAAAGGAUUAUGGUAUUCGUUACCAUAUCAAGAAAAGCCUUGUCUUACUCUUAUUGGAUCCCCUAAUUUUGGUUACAGAUCAGUUAGGAGAGAUUUAGAAACUCAAAUUGCAGUUGUGACAAAAAAUGAACAGUUACAAAACAAAUUACAAAAGGAACAUGAACGUUUAUUUUCAUGCGCGAAGCGAGUGACGAAUCGAACAUUUCUCGAACGUGACAGAAUACCGCCUGCGUGGGUAUCUGCUGCCGUUGUUUUGUUUAGGUAUUACUUUUAAACACGAGUCAUUUGUAUAAAAUAUC